AUGCCAAGCAUUCGCUACUAUCGCUGCCCACGGUGUGGCUGCCACAGGUUCUCACUGAAGUUACUCUUCAGGCACCUGCACUCAGCCCAUGGCCACGAAGAAAAUUGGGUGUGUGGCCUAGAAGGUUGCAUGCAGACAUUCAGGUUCUUCGUUUCAUACAAAAGACAUGUGUAUCGCAAGCACUCUGAAGCGUUGGAAGUGAAACAGCAACUUGAAGAAAAUGUGCCAGUGGAAACAGCUCAGAGCAGUGUGGGAGCAGCAGAAGGGACCUUAUCUACCCAGGAGGGAGAAGAAGAAAUCCACAACGAAGGUGCCCCUUGUGAAUCCGCUGAUGUUCCCAGUGACUAUGUAAGGCAUCUUUCCAUCAUGUUUUUAAAGUGGAAGGAAGUAAGACGUCCUCCAGAGUCAACACUGAAUGAAAUAGCAAAUGACGUCAUCACAUUUGUUACAACUGUCUUGGAAGAUGACAAAUUGAAUGGUGAAAUGUCGUCCAGCCAAAGAGGAGCAUACAAAGACCAGUUACGCGGGCUGAUGACCGAAUGUGGUCGCUACACAUACUGGAAAAAUCAUUUCGCACUUGUUGAGCCGAGAACUGUAAUGCUCGGAGAGUCUAAUGGAAAGCGGGACACUAUGGAGUAUGUGCCACUAUGUGAUGUGCUAAAGUGUAUUCUGGAACAUCCUCACCUUUCAGGUGACUUCAACAGUGACGUCAAGAUACCUGAUCACAUGUGCUCAGUGUUUGAUGGUAGUGCUUUUAAGAAGCAUCCUUUCUUUGCUGGUGAUGAAAGCAAGAUUUGCUUGCAGUUGUACACAGAUGAAUUCGAGGUGUGCAACCCACUAGGCAGCAAACGAGGAAAGCACAAGUUAACUGCUGUGUACUUUUCUGUGCUAAACUUGGGUGUACAAUAUCGCUCAGCACUUUCAGGCAUUAACUUGGUGCUUCUAGUGAAAGACAAGCACGUUUGCACAUAUGGCUUUACCAAGGUUCUUGCUCCUUUGCUGGAUGAUCUGCCCAUAUUAGAAAACGAUGGCAUAGUUGCAAACGGAAGACUAAUGAAAGGGUCUGUUUUUAUAUUAACUGGUGAUAACCUUUCUAGCCACAGAAUUGGUGGGUUUAAGGCGUCGUUCAAUCAAGGGAGAAUAUGUAGAUUCUGCCUGGCACUGCGCCACGAGGUCAACUAUAAGCAUUUAGAAACUGACUUUGUGAUGCGAACGCCAGAAGGUCACCAGCACCAUUUAAACAUGUUGAAGGCAGGGCUACCAACCGCAUCACUGUACGGUGUCAAGGACGCUAGCCCACUGCUUGCACUUCAGGGCUUUGACCCAUCUCAACAUUUGCCACCAGAUUUAAUGCACGACUUGCAUGAAGGUGUUAUACCAUUCACAUUGAAGCACAUUAUUUCAUUGUUAAUUUCACAAGGUUGUUUUUCACUCGGACAGCUGAACAAAUUGAUUAAUGAAUGGAAUUACGAUCCGUGCGACGCAAGGAACAAACCAGAGGCAAUUUCUAAGGAUUUUCUUUAUGGAAAAACUACCAUUAAGGGUUCUGCAUCGUAA